AUGUCUCCCAAUGUUGCCGAAGAGCAGGCCUUGCCGCACUUCCAGGAUGCCUACAAAUUAGGCGAAUUCCUGGGAUCGGGCAGCAUGUCUGUCGUGCGGCGGUGUGUGCGGAAGGUGGACAGCCAAACCUUUGCCGUCAAAUGCAUUACUGCCAUCGAUGAAGAAGUUCGGCAAUUUAGUCGUGACGAGUACGAACUUGUUCGGACUCUGAGGCAUCCUGCCAUCAUUACCUUCAGAGCUUGGUUUGAAGGCCCCGUCUCUGCCUGGAUUGUCAUGGACCUUUGCAGCGGUGGUUCUGUGGAGUCCUUCGUUCGGCGUGAGGGCGCCUUGCGAGAGACACAGGUGCAGGACUUGGGUUUUCAAUUGAUUCGGGGCAUUGACUAUUUGCACCACAAGAGAGUUGUUCACCGAGACCUGAAGCCUGCCAACUUGCUACUGCACAGGCAACAGUUGAGUACAUCCAGUGCUAUUGGACUCUUGGAGGCCUGUAGGACAGGGACGCGGCUUAAACCGACUGACCCGGAGCAUUUCGGCUCUGCCACGGACAUCUCUCCUGCCCAAAUUCAGUGGCCGCUGGUGGGCAAUUGGGAGCUCGAUUCGCAAACAUGCCACAAAGGUGUCGGGGCGCCCGUGGACACUACAAAAGUGCCGAUGUUGCCGGCGGGCGCGGCGACUCCAAGGGCUCCGCCCCGAACGACUCCAAAGUCACCACCUCCCAGACAUAACAAGGAGGCCUGGGGGCGAUGGAAGGAGCAGCGGGAUGACGAGACCAGCGCCGAGUAUCUCACAAGGCUUCGUUCGGUAUAUGGGAAAGAGCGGCCAACGGAGCCGAAAACCAAGGAAGGGGGUGUGGAACCGAAGGUUGCAAACGCCUUUGUGAAGAAACCGCCGGAUGCAAAGGAAUUGAAUACCACACAUCCGGCAGAUGCGAAGUCUGGAUUCGACCGGAUGGAAUCGGGGCCAGUACUUGGGUCGCACUGUUGCAUUUCGCUUGAAAACUACACUUGCCUCCGCUACGGAAGCGAUGAAUUUCUUGAUGUAGGUGGAGGGAAAGACCGUGCUUGCCGUGGGGCUACUGAGACCGACAACGAUCCAUCCCACUAUACAAUAUCAAGCGGUUCCCUGCAGGAAUGCAAGCAAGCGUGCAGAGACAAUUUGGCCUGUGUAGGCAUUGAACAUGCAGGGACCCGUUGCGAGAUUUGGACAAGGUCAGAUGGAAUUCAAUCCUCGAGUUUCAGUGCAGGUUCCCUUUGCCAGAAGCUUGAGUUCACAUAUGUAGAUGGCUCUUUAAACCGAGCAUGUCGAGGAGAGAACAUCAAUGACAAUGCUGCUUCUUACUACUCCGUCUCUACUGCAUCAAUGGCUGGCUGCAAGGAAAAUUGUCGCAAGACUCCCGGUUGCGUUGGCAUCGAAUUCAUCAACAGCCGUUGUGAGGUUUGGACGCGCCCUGAAGGCAUCAAGGUCGGCAAGGAAGCUGCAGGAUACACUUGCUUGAAAUAUCAUGGUGGACUACAUGCUGCUCCCAGCACAAAGCAGGAGCGGGAUGCUCGCUUCUUGAUUCAGUCUACCUUUGGCCCUACUUUAGCCACCCUGGCUGAAUUGGGGUACACAACCUAUGAUGGCUGGAUCCAAAAGCAAAUGUCCCUGCCACCUAGCCUUCUUCGUGUGUACUACCGAAAGCGCGUGAAUCCACGACCUGUACGUCUUGCUUCAGAUAUGGAUUCAGGCAGACCGGCUUCAAGAUGUGCUGCAGGAUCCCGGUGGGUCCAUCAUGCCAUUUUGAAGACUGAUGAAUGGCGGACGAUCAAGGUGAGCAACAACAAGAUUCUUGUGGACGGUUUUUUCCGCACCGACAUCGACCCACACUUCAUUGGAAACGAUCUGCGGGAGCCGAAGGCCUGUACCAACAUUGAACCCUUGUCGUGGGCUGAUGCAGGGUAUGGCUGUUCCACCCACCAGGACAAGGUUGAAAGAGAGUGCACGAAAGAUUCGGUUUGGGUGGAGGACCAAUAUUGUGCCCAGACUUGCUUCAACCUCGGUUUGGGCUAUGAAGAAGAUGACUGCUCUCCUGGAUGGCCGUCCUUCUCGUACGAAGGAUACAUUUGCAAAGUCUCGUACGAUUCAACCAGGGCAUGGAUCAAAUUGAGCACAUCUUCGAGUUGCACGGGCGCCUUCACUGCAAUGUUGAAUCCUGGCGUAUGGAAGUCCAACCCGGACGACAGCAUCACGCAACCACUUCUUUUUGAUGUUUUCCGUCCUGGCGUGCUGUUGCUCAAGGAGCCGCCUGCGCAGUGCAAUCUUGGGACCAUAGUCCAAUCCAACGUGGAAUCGUCCGGUCGAUUUUACAUGUUGGAAGAGCGCGUGGAGCUGCUCGAGAACACUUUGGAGAACCCUGCUGCCACGGGUGUGACAGGUGGCAAGUGUCCGACAGUGCCCAAAACUUUUCUCAACGAGCACAGCUGCAAAUUGCUGCCAGGGUGUCUGGCGUUGGGGCAGCAAGGCCUUACCGUGUCCCUGACUCUUGACACCCUGGCGAAGUUCUUCUCCGUUGGAGGGCGCUACGUCUAUGUAGUUUCUGGUUUGCGCACAACGGCAAGCCCAUGUGGCAAGGUCUCACGGUGGAAGCAGCUGGCCUGCCCGUCAGCUUGCGUGGCGUCUGAUCUUGAAAAUGCCACAGCUGAGACCAUUCGAACCUCCAUCCAACAAGCUGCAGACCAGGGGAAUGUUCGGGACAUCGAUUUGUCUUGUUCCGGUGUAGAUGCAGGUUCUAUCGUACAAGUGGGCGAUGUUUUUUUCCAGCACGUCCACAACGAUGAAGACAAUGUCUUUGACUUUACAGAUUGGACGCUUCAACACCCUGGGGGGGCCUCAAAGAUCAAGCAGUUCACCAGCAAAGGCUAUACUUUGGUUUUCCCAUCUUGGCAUCCAAUGGAUCGCUGGGAUUCUGGAAUAGCUCCAGACGUUAUUGGUCCUGGAUUUGUCGGCAAAAUGGGCAAUUCUGUUCGCUUCCACAACCUUCCCCAACCUUUGCAAACGGAUGCAAUUGCAGAGUCUCUCGGGGCAGCGGCGACAGAUCAGGAGCUGUCAGAAGUGUGUGGGUCCCCGGGCGAAGUUGCGAACAACCCCUACCUUGGACACCGGCUGUCCUUCAAGCAUGGUGCGCCGGAUGAUUGGCAUUUCGACAGUGACUAUGGUUUUUGGUGGAAUCGCGACCAUCGCACCAAGUCUGCGGUUUGGACCAUGCAAGCCCUCUUUGCCGAUGAUCAGCUUCGUCAGCGAGUAGCUUGGGCAUUGUCCCAGAUCUAUGUCUGUUCUGUGAACGGCGGCGGCUAUUCGGAACGAGCAGAGUCAUGGCUGAACUACUAUGACAUUUUUGUUCGCAAUGCCUUCGGGAAUUUGCGCGACGUUCUCAGGGAGGUCACCUACAAUCCGAUAAUGGGGGACUAUUUGACGUACAAGCGCAACAGGGCUAUGGACGAGACUGGACGAUUCCCUGAUGAGAACUACGCACGUGAGGUGAUGCAAUUGUUCUCCAUCGGCCUUUGGAAGCUGAAUCCUGACGGCUCUGAGAUGAAGGAUGCGAAUGGCAACUCGAUCCCAACAUACGGCAAUGAUGCCAUCAUGGAUUUUGCGCGAGUGUUCACUGGCUUCGACGAGCAGAGGGAUAGAGGCAAUCUGGAGUACGUCGAUGGCAAGAACCGGAUUGAUCCUAUGCAAAUGAAGACGCAUUCACAGCUGGUGGACUGGCAUGAUAGAUAUCCGAAGCCAACCUUGGAUGGCGGAUACCUUGGCGAUGGCUAUCCUUUGUGCUCGGACGCCGCAGAGCAAAGCUUUCUCCGGAAAGGUGCCCUUUACACUUUCAUUGGGAAGAGCUUGGAUGGACAUGGCGCCCUCAACCUCUCCAAGUCAUCCGAUUUGUUCAAAGCUUUGUGCUUCGAAUCAGGAGGCACGUGCCAGUACAACCUCACAGUGACGCUGGGGGAAACAGUUCCAUGCAACGGACAAGAAUGCACCACUCAUGCUGUCAAGCAUGUUCAUGUUGACGGUGGAUUCUACGAAUACUUGGAGCCGACGUGUGUGAAUUUGUUCUUCUUCAAUGGGCAAGUCUCGCGCGAAGGUGGUCGCAGGUGGGGCUGGACCACGAAAUGUCGGGACCAAAAUGCGCUGAUUGCUGGGGUCAGCUGCUGCAACGGAUGCAAAAACAGGACAACUGGCUGGAUGGACCGACGCAAUAUCACCUGCGAAAAUGCUGCAACAACUUGGCCAGAAAUGCUCACUGAGAAGUGUAAUUUGGAUGAAGGUUGGAGAAGCAGCAAAUAUUGUCAGCUAGCUUGUUGGGAAGCUGGCGUUGGCUACGACGGUGAUGAUUGCUCACAUGGACCUUGGGAGGGCGAGCAGAUCUGCAAUUACAAUAUGGAACGAGUACGUUUUGGCACAGCUGCGAAGGUGUGUCAAUCGAAAGGGCUGCAAAUCUGCACACAGAAAUUGGAAGGCUACGGCUGCUCCUAUGACGACAUACAUGUGUGGACACAGGACACAUGCAGCUAUGAAGUCUUGGUGUAUCCUGAUGGAAUGGUGAGUUCCAACUGGACCAGCAAGAGCAGGCAAAACAAAUUCUCAGUCAGCUGGAAGGAUGGUAGGUUUCCGUCCAGUCAAAGCUGCCCAGGAGGUUGCCAAGUCUUUGGCGAUGUGUGCUCAUGCGGGAUGACUGAAGAAAUUCGGCCUGUUUUCUCGCAAAUGCCAACAGUAUCUGAUCUCGCAAAAUUGAAGAUUGGUGCAACUCCUCCCAUCUCAGCUUGCUCUGAAUGUGAUGGAAGCAUUCGAGUCUACAACCAGGGACAGACUGUAGAUGAACACACUGUUUUUGAGCACCAAGGCAAGUUUUACAGCAACAAAGAAAGUGUAGUUUUGGUCAGCGGCGGCUUUGAAUUUCGCAACCCUCCAGUGUUCUUGCCAUCUGUCUAUGCAGAGACGAGGCAGGCAUUGUCAGAGGUUGAGAGCCUCCUUGACCACUUGUUCGAGCACCCAAAUACCGCUCCAUUCAUCAGCUACCGCUUGAUUCAAAGACUUGUGACCUCAAACCCUUCACGGGCUUACGUCAAAGAUGUAGCAGAUGCUUUCAAGACCGGCAAGUACAAAGGGAAGACGUACUCUGGCAGAUAUGGGGACCUUGCAGCCACUACAGCUGCAAUUUUGCUGCAUGACGAGGCGCGAAUUCCAAGGUCACCUUCUGAUGGCGCACUGAGGGAGCCAUUGCUGAAGUUUAUUCACGUCAUGCGCUCAUUGGAGUACAAAGACCGGGAUCCAGAUCGGAUGAUAAUCUUGAAGAAUUUGCAGGACACCAUCGGAGAAUUUCCUUUCCAACAUCCAUCGGUCUUCAGCUAUUACUUGCCGGACUUCAAGCCAGACAACUUCCCUGAUGGAAUGGUGGCACCAGAGUUCCAGGUCUUCACUCCCACCCAGAUCAUCAACUUCGUGAACGGGGUGUCUGCACUGAUCGACCACGGACUAAGUGACUGCUCUAGAGGCUUCGGAGAGAGUGAGCCGACGUGUGCCUAUGGUGAGCUGCAACUAGGACCUUUGGAUUGCAUACAGCCAUCACUGGAUCAGCUCGAUUUGCUGCUGACGGGUGGACGCAUUCACAAUAAAGCCAUUCUGCGAGCUGCAUAUGAUGAGGCAGCAGGGUCGGAUCGCUACAAGGUGGCGCAGAAGGCAGUGAUCCUCAGCCCAGAGUUCAAUACUAUUGGACAUCCAUUUCCAAUGGGUGUGCGAUCACCAACUCCACCAGAACCUGCGAAGGAACCACAAGAGUAUAAGGCCAUGGUCAUGGUCUUUCUCAACGGAGGUGCAGACUCUUUCAAUAUGUUGGUUCCAAUGAACUGCCCUCUCUAUGAUGAAUACCGAGAUGUCCGUCAGCGUGUUGCCUUGGAUCCAACUACGUUGCACAAAAUCAACGCUACUGGCCAGCCCUGCUCUGAGUUUGGGAUCCAUCCAGAACUGGAUGUCUUCAAGGAGUUGUACGACAGCAAUGAACUUGCUUUUGCAGCAAAUGUUGGAUCAUUAGUCGAGCCUUUGGACAAGGCAUCUUACAAAGAUGGAUCAGGUGAAAGGUGCGUGGGCUUGUUCUCGCAUUCUGACCAGCAGCGGGCAGCACAAACGCUCACCUGCCAGUACGCGAGUGCUUCCAACAAAGGCGCAGGUGGAAGGCUAGCAGAUGCUCUUGCAGCAGGUACCAAGAAACUUCGGACAAUGUCCUUUUCACUGAAGGGCUCCCAGCCAUGGACGCAAGGGUUCGACACCAGCGCGCAGAUUUUAACGAACGGUGAGCCCAUCGGUUUGCAAAAGGAAGGCCAACUACAAGUUAUCAUCGACAACAUUACAAGCAUAAAACAUGGCAACAUCUACUGCGAGGAGUAUAGCCAAAAAGUUGCCGCCGCCCUUGACUUCAAUGCAAAGCUACGAGCAAGUUUACGAAGUGUGGAGCUGAAGACCAGCUUCUAUACCGACAACAAAGACUUGACCAAGCAACUCAGGGAGGUGGCGAGAGUUGAACGGGACCUUUUCUUUGUGCAGCUUGGUGGCUUUGACAAUCAUCGCGACGUCGGCAGAGAAUUGCCAAGGAGGUUUGAUUCGGUGAAUCACGGCUUCAAAAAGUUUGUGGCAGAGAUGAAAGCCCAGAAUCUGUUUGAGUCAGUGGUGAUGGUGACUCAUUCAGACUUUGCUCGGACUUUGACCCCUAACAGUGGUGCUGGGACUGAUCAUGCCUGGGCUGGAAACUAUGUCGUUGCUGGUGGAGGCAUCAAGGGUGGCAAGAUCUUCAAUUCGUUUCCAAAGUCUUUGCUUCCUGGAGCAGAACAGGAUGCUGGUCGUGGACGUUUGAUUCCCAAGUUUCCCUUCGAGAAUUUUAUGUUGCCAAUUGCUCAGUGGAUGGGCUUGGAAGAAUCGCAAUUUCAACAGGUUUUUCCGAACGUCGGCAACUUCAACUCCUCCAGCUUUAUUGACAAGGUAAAUUUGUUCAAUUGCAGGUUUCUUCCACAGCACCUUCACCGGCUCAUCAACCGCUUGAAGGCGAUCUCAUUGUGCACGCAGCUCUACAAUGCACCUGAACUGAGGUUCGGGCGCCUUUGGAACGAGCGCAUUGACAUUUGGGCGAGCGGGUUGUGUUUGUACUUCAUGCUCAAGAAGCACGUUCCCUUCACCAUAGGGGACCAGAAGGUUGCCGGCACACUGCUCGCAGGCAAGCUUCCCUACAUCGACUGGAGUACCAUGUCUCCGUUGGCUGGCAAUUUAAUCAGGCAAUGCCUUUGUGUAGAACCUUAUGAUCGACCGACAGCGAUGGAGCUGCGUUUGCACCGCUUCUUUGCAUCCAAGAGAAUGCCGGAAUCAAGGAAGGGCAGCAUCGAGCAUGUCGAGGUUCGCGAUCGAAGAGAGUCCAAGGAAUCCCUCAGCACCGGUACAUCGAGUUUCACUGCCAGUCGCCGUAUGUCACUUGAGAAUGCUCCUCUUGAACGCUCUGUGAUGGUCUCGUCAUGCGGGCUGAUUUUUAUGGGACCUGCACGCGCAGGUGGUGAGGGUCGCCACAACCGCGGCUCUGUGUGGUUGGAAGUGGAGGAGCGGCUUCAGCGUAGAGGCGGGAGCAAAGCCACUGCUGAACGUUUGAGCCCAGCCUUUCUGGGGGCGCGCAGCUUCCCAGCUUUCUCGCCCAACAACUGUUCUUCACCUUGCAGUUCACAGCUGCCACAACGCCAUUCAGCUGCAGAUGGUGAAAGCUCUUCCCGCAUGCGAAGCCACAGUAUGUAUUUGAGCACGCCCAAGGCGUGCGACGCUAUGCCCAGGUCGCCGCAGCAAAGAGCAAAGGACUUGGACGAGCGGUGGAAGGAGCCAAGGAGCUUUGAUGUUUUGCUGCGGAUGGCGAAUCAAAAGUUUCGGCAGAUGAACGAGCUCCUGCACGAGGAUUCGCAGCCACAGGCUCCAGAGGAGGCUACUGAAACUAUGCUGGAGAUGCGAGAGGUGCCGCAUGACGAAGAUAGGUCUCUGGCCAGGUCUCAGGCUGAGCAGGUUCGUUGCUUCCCGCUGCUGCUUGCUUUGAGGUUUGGAUCCCAGCUUUGCAGCUGGACUUGGAAGAUCUGCAAAGGCACCUGA